AGUCAAUCAUCUGAGCGUCAGGUCGCAACGACCGUGAAUCUGGCGGCGGCGGGCGUCCCGUGUCGAUCUCAGUGGGGCAUCACUUCGCGUGUAGUGCACUUCCGGCGCGGCGUCCGCUCCGCACACGGGAAGCCGAUCUGUCGCACCCAUUGUGCUGUGUAAUGAUACGGACUUAGACUUUUAGGAUGCUUUGCAAAAAGUGAGCGAGGCACGAGCCAGUAUAGGACUGCAAUGUAGAGUUGCCAGUCCGGCGGAGGAAAAUGAAAGAGGGCGGUCGCGAGGAGGAGCCGACCAGCGCGCCGGACGCGGCGGCCGGCAUGCGCACCGAGCACACGUGUUGCUGUCUCGGCGUGUUGGUGGGCGUCUCACUCAUCGCCGCCCUCGUAGCCGUGAUACUGAUGAAGGACAGCACCGUCGAGCUGACGGUACUGCGACAAGUGCACGUGCUAAUGUCACACGGGGAGCGAACACCCAGCGAACGGGAGCUGGAGAUGUUGGGAGCGCCGCCGCCGGACCACGUGUUUGUUCCGUACGGCGCAGGAGCUUUGACUAAUGAAGGAAAGCUGCUGACAUUCGAAAUGGGCGCAUUACUUAGAAAAAGAUAUAACGAUUUCUUGGGACUUCUUUACGAAGCUGAGAAAAGCAUAGUGAUAGCAUCGGACACAGAUCUCAGCAAAAUGACGGCUUUGCUGAUAUCCGCGGGCCUGUGGCCGCCGCCGCUGGAGCAGAUGUGGAAUGACUCAAUGAGCUGGCAACCCGUGCCUUACACAUAUCCGCCACGGCAUGAAGACUAUCUGCUGUAUGAAGAAAACUGCCCGCGAUAUAGUCAAGAAAAGCAGAGGCUGUUUAAGGCAUUCUCAGAAGAAGGGCUACUUAUUCCGUAUCGAGAUCUCUUUCAUAAAAUUGCGCAUAUGACUGGCACUAACUUUAGUACGCCACAAGACGCUUAUAAUUUAAAUAAUCUAUUCGUUAUACAGGACGAUAUAAAGGUUGCCAAUCCGAAAUGGGCCAAACAUGUUAAAAGAAAGCUAAUGGACGUGGCUAGGCUGGAGUACACAAUGAUGUUCCAUAACAAUCUUCUAAGAAAACUAAGCGGUGGAGCACUUCUACAGCAAAUAAUCAAAGAAGCAGUACUAAACACGAGGGACUCUUCGAGCCCCAAGGUGAUAGUUCGCAUCGGCACGCCGGUCUCGGUAGCGGCGCUACUGGCGGCCUGCGUGGCGCCCCCGCCUCGCCUGCCUGACCCCGGGGCCGCUCUGCUGUUCGAACUACACGAGAAACUACCUUCCGGCCAAGGGAAGAAUCAGAAAGCUUUGAGUCAUGGACAGAGAUUUGGUUUUAAAAUUUACUACUGGGAUGACGACUCAGCAGAACCUCGACUGAUGGAGGUACCAGGAUGCAAUGCACUGUGUCCGCUGGACACUUUUACCGAAAUCACGAAAUACAUAGUGUCGUACGACUACAAGACGGACUGUACAUUAGUUCCUGUUGCUUAGCACAGCGAUAACACCUUCAGCAUUUAAUAAACUGGUGAACUUUUUCUCUCAUUCUGUUACUAGUAAUUUGCCAUUCGAGAGAAGAAGACAGAGGUAACCGGAUGCAACACACUGUGUCCGCUAGACACCUUCUCUGAAAUUACGAAAUACACAGUGUCGUAUGACAAAACGGACUGUACAUUAGCUUCAGCGGCUUAUCACAGUGUUAACACCUUAUUAAUAAGAGUUUUAUAAACAAGUGAACGUUUACUCUCCUUCUAUUAUUAGUAAUUUGUCAUUUGAUAAAAGAAAAAGAAGACCGAGGUACACCAAUGCAACACACUGUGUCCGCUGGACAUUUUAACACUGCAUUAAUAAGCGUUUUAUAAACAUGUUAUUGGUUUCUCUUUCUUUAUCUAGUGAUUUGAUAUUCGAAGGAAAAAGACAACUACUGUUUAACUAUCUAUAUAACUAGUUUAUAACGUUUAUGAACAAGUGUUAGUGUUUAGUUUGAAGUAAUUUUAAAGAAUAGAGAAAUUGCACUUUCGCGUGUAUGGCACAUAAUACGAACAAUUAUAAAAGUGAUUACUGUGGUAUAUAAUUAUAAGCGUUGUGUUAGAUGUUGUUCGAAUUUUUAAUAUAAAAAAAAUAAAA